AGAUCAACCUAUGGGGUUAAGGAAGAUCAGUAAAACAGUCACUUAGAAAUUAUGGUAGAGUAGGUUAGUGUCUUGCCCAAAGGUGACCAACCUAUAAUACCCUAAUUUUCUAAGGUUGAGUUUACUCUCAUUUGGACUGGAAGGUUGCACUUAUCUGUGGGUGGACUACUAGUCUUGCCCAAAGGUGUCUAGGAAAUCCCCUACAGGAUAAGUGGUGCAGGAUAGUUGAAACAUGUCAGUGAGAGGAGAAUAACCCUAUUGCCCAAAGGUUAGGAAGUGUUCAAAUCAAACUGACACUGUGUAGGCUAGUUCUGUAGGUGAUUAUAUAUCACAUUUGGGGGGCGAAUAGCAUGUCAAAUCACUUGCCUAAAGGUGUGAUGAGAUGAUGCACCCGCCUGUCCCGCAGAGUGGAAGGUUGCAUACGUAAAACACUCUGACCCAUCCAUUCUAACCCUAAAUUGGAUGUGGAAAUAUUAAAGUUAAUAAAAUUGAAGGUCUCAUUUGAUUUAUACGUCCAUGGUGUAAUGCAGAUGGACGGACAGUUUAUCCAGAAGCAUCUGACUGGGAUUGAGCCCCUAACCGGUUCCAACUAUGGCAACUGGAAGAUGCAAGUUGAAAUAGUACUUGGGUGUCUUGACUACGACUAUGUUCUCACUGAAGAUAAGCCAGAAGAGCCUGAUGAGUCAUCAAGUCAAUCUGAAAAGAAAUCUCAUGCUAAGUGGGUCAAAGCCAACAAGCUUGCAAUGCUGAUCAUUAGAGCAUCGGUGGACCAGACUAUUCGUGGAGGGAUUCCGGCUUGUGAAACUGCUAAGGAGUUGCUUGAGACCAUCAAGAAGCAGUUUGAGGGAUCCGUUAGAGCGAGACAGUACAAUUAUCUGGUCAAACUCAUUAAUCUGAAAUAUGAUGGAAGUGGUGAUGUUCGGCAGCACAUUUUGAAGGUCUCUCAGUUGAUCAUUCGUCUCAGGGAGUUGGGACUUCAGUUAGAGGAUGAUCUAAUGGUUCAUUUUGCAGUCGCUUCUCUACCAAGCAAAUUUGACACUUUUAAGGUAAACUAUAGUUCUCAAGACAGGAAAUGGGACUUGAAUGAGCUUAUUGCUGUAUGUGUUGCUGAGGAAGAGCGGCUAAAAACAGGAAAAAAUAAUUUUGUUUCUAUCAAAAUUGGUUUGGAUGUUAUCAGACAUGGUUUCUUAAUUGACGGUCUUUAUAGAUUAAAUCUGGAUGCAUCUCUUCUUUCCCCUCUCUGUAUGUCUGUGAAUUCAUUUUCUUCUGAAGCUGAAUGUGAUUGGGCAUCACAUUUGAGGCUUUCGUUCUGGACUAAAGGUUUUCACAUGGCGGAUGCCGGUAAAAGUUUCAGAACGGCAUACACGUUUGUGUAUGUUGCAGAGGACACUUAA